CGCCCCGUCCCAUCCCGUCCCGCUCCGGCCCCUCAGGUGCGAGACGCUGCGCGUGGAGAGCACGGCGCGCGCAACCUUCGCGGCCCCGCCCUGUGCUCGCGGGGCGGGGCGGGGCGGGGUAACGGGCGCGCCGGGUAACGGGCGCUCAGCGGCGGCUCCUCAGGGGAACGGCGGCAGCGGCGAUGGCGGAUCACGAGGCGGAGGGCGCGUCCAAGGCCCGGCGGGGGCAAGAUGGCGCUGAUACUGGCCUUGGCGUGUGUGGGUGGAUCCUGGUGAUCACUUCACUGUUUUUCACUAUUCUUACAUUUCCCAUAUCAAUCUGGAUGUGCAUAAAGAUUAUAAAGGAAUAUGAGCGAGCCAUCAUAUUCAGACUCGGACGCAUCUUAAAAGGGGGAGCAAAGGGACCAGGUUUGUUCUUUGUCCUGCCCUGCACAGACAACUUCGUCAAGGUUGAUAUGAGGACCAUCUCUUUUGAUAUUCCUCCCCAAGAGAUCCUGACCAAGGACUCUGUGACGAUUAACGUGGACGGAGUGGUUUAUUACCGAGUUCAGAAUGCCACCCUUGCUGUAGCAAAUAUCACCAACGUUGACUCAGCCACCCGUCUCCUAGCACAGACAACUCUGAGGAAUGUUCUGGGGACCAAAAACCUUUCGCAGAUUCUCUCUGAUCGUGAAGAAAUCGCACACAGCAUGCAGGCCACGCUUGAUGAGGCAACAGAUGAUUGGGGCAUUAAGGUUGAACGUGUGGAGAUCAAGGAUGUGAAAUUGCCUGUCCAGCUGCAGAGAGCGAUGGCUGCAGAAGCAGAAGCUGCCCGGGAGGCGAGAGCCAAGGUAAUUGCAGCCGAGGGUGAAAUGAAUGCAUCCAGGGCCCUGAAGGAGGCAUCCAUGGUUAUUACGGAGUCCCCUGCUGCUCUGCAGCUUCGUUACCUGCAGACCUUGACCACCAUUGCUUCGGAGAAGAACUCCACCAUCGUCUUCCCAUUGCCCAUAAACAUGCUGCAGGGCCUCAUGGAUGCAAAGCGCUAGCGAGAGUGGGAGGAGUGGGCUGGGGUUUUUGCUACAGUGAAUGUUUGCAGCACUGAAUUCCCUGCGUUUUCUAGCUUAUGGCCUUGUAAUCAAAGUGGAUUUAACGAGGAACCUCUUUUGUUAUACUGAGUGUGCUACAAAGCUUAUAUGUAACAUUUGUGAAUACGGACACUUUAAAUAUUGGAAAUUGAAAACCUCUCAAAAUGAGUACAGGGAGAUUGUGGUCUUAAAUAAGCAGGUAUCCAUGCUGGCCUGGACACUCCCAUUUUCAAGUAGUGUAUAAAAACAUUUGUGGUGAAGAUGAGAUGAUCCAACAUCUGGAAAGAGAAGUGUUCCUUUUAACAGCUGGGUCUGUAGCCCUGCAAGGGAACUGAGCAGCCCCAAGUGAGUUCUCUUGGGGCACAGCUGCAGGUGAUGCAGUCGGCAGAUUGCUGUCAUGGGGACUGCAUCUCUGGUGUACGCAAGGAAAAUAACAGAUGUUGAUACGGGAGCGAGAGUACUGUACUGGGUACCGCUGAAAAUCAGGCUUAUAGUCUCUAAAAUAGUCCCCCCUUCAUGAGAAACAGUUGUUAGUGGAACUUCCAUCUCUGUUCUGCCACACAGAAAUCUCAGAGUUGUGGACACAAUGUGCUUGCAGCCAGCGAUGGGCUGUUCUGUUGUUAAUGAUGUGUCUGUGUGGAUUUAUGCUUCUUGAAAGCACUGAAAAGUUGCUGGGUCUGCCUUUAUCUGUCUCUAAAACCAUUUGAAAAAGCCAAAGUUCUGACUCCUGCAUUUUAUCCAGGUCUAAAACCUGCUCCUCUAGGAAGAAAGGCCCCUGUAAUUAUUGGGGGGUGGUGAUGUUUAACAGAAGAUGCUGUAUUGUUUAUGUAUCAGCUCUAAAAAAUUAGUGAUCUGCCUGUUGGUGCUGCCGUUUUAUCACUAGCAAGCAUAAAGUUCUUAACUUGUAUCACCUUUCUGCUAUGAUCAGUUCUGUAUCGAGGCGUAUUACUUUGUCUCUUUACCUGUGCCUCGACGCGCCGUCUGUGUCCCUGGGGAACAGACACCCCAGCGCCGCUGGGGCUGCAGCCGCUCGGUGCCUCUCUGCUCUGAACGUGUGGUUUUUGCCUUUGCGCCAUAAAAGCCGUAUAACCA